AUGUGGAAUUUAUCAUUUGUUGAAGGUUUAAAAAUUUAUAAAAGAAAUUCAUUCACUACUAAUGGAAGACCAACACAAAUAAUAACACAAAAUACUACCACCACACAAUUAGCAGCAGUAACAACAGUACCACAACAACAACAACAACAACAAAUAACAACAUUCAAUAAUAAUAAUAGAUAUAAAGAGAAUGAAAAUAAUAUUGAAUAUAAUUUAUCAUCACAAUCUUCAUAUAAUUAUAGAAAUGGUCCAAAAUUAAUGAAUAGAAUUGAAUCAACUAGCAAAUGGUUAUUUUAUUCAAUGAUUAUUUGUAUAAUGGUUUAUUUAUUACAAUCAAUUUCACAAUUAAUAUUUACUGAAAUUUAUAUUUCAUUAUAUGGAAAUGGACUUUUAAUUUUAUAUGAUUCUUAUAUUAUUGUAAUUGGAUUUAUUAAUUCUCUAUCAGAUUUUACACCAUUUUUAAUGUGUUAUAUAUUUCAUAAAUCUAAUCAAAUUAUACGUGAUAUUGUUAGAGAUGAAAAUGAUUUAACACAUUACACUGAUUCAACUUUGAGUACACACAAUAAUUAUUAUCAUAAUUAUCAUAAUUAUCAUAAUGGAAAUAUUGGUGUUGGAGGUGCUAUUAUUGAUGGUGGUAUUGAUGGUGGUAUUGGAGGUGGUAUAGAAUCUGAUUUGGAUGAACAGAGUGAAGCAAGUUCAUUAAUCAUGUCUCCACCAUUACAUAGUGGUGGUGGUGGUCUAUUGAAUGAUCAACAAUAUAUUAUUACCUCCUCUCCUUAUUCACAUAAUAAUAAUAAUAAUAAUAAUAGAAAUAGUCGUUCUAAUAGUAAUGCAAUUCAAAGAGAACGAGCUAAUAGUAAUCAAAGUAAUAAUAGUAGUAGUAGAAGUAGAGCCAAUAGUAUGGAUUAUCCCUAUCAACAACAACAAACUUCCAUAAUGAUGAUGAAUAGUAAUGGUGCUAUAGGUGGUAUUGGUAGUGGUAGUAGUGGUAAUGGCAGUGGUAAUAAUCAAAAGAGAGGUUUCUUCUCAAAAUUAUUCAAAUCAGGAAUUGAAGAAGAUACAAUGCUUAUUAGUGUACCCUAUGAGAAUAGGUUAUAACCUAAUAUAUUUACAUAACAUUCUACCAUCAAAAUACUGUUAGUAGCAGUAGUAGAAUAUUAAAUAGGAAGAUUUAGAGUUAAUUUAUUGAAAACUAGGUAUUGGUGUUUCUCCAAUCAAAACAAAUAUUGAAAUAAAUUAGUAUAAAGAACAAGUACAUGAUUAUUAUAACACUGUAUUCACAAUAUGUUGAGUUUAAAAAAUGAAACGAAAUCUUAAUAUACUACUACUAUUAAGAAUGAAAGACAAAAGUAUUUCGCAUUAAAUUUUAUGAUGUCAUUAGUAUCAAUAGUUUAAAUGGAAUAGAGUUUGAAUAUUUAAAGGUAUUGUUCAUUCUCAAAAUAAUAGAACUUUAAAUAUUUGUAACAUACAUUUUGGGGUUGUGAGCAUUCAAAUAAUAUUAAAUAUCCAAUAAAUAUAAAAUUU